AUGCAAAUGCUAAGAAGCUUUAGCACGAGGACAAGAAGCCGUCGUGGAGGCUACGAGCGAGUAAGUGAUGAUUCAACAUUCAGUUUACUCGGAGCAAAGUUAAGAAGAUCAACAAGUGUUCCUUAUUACGCACCAUCUAUAAAGCUUGGUACUGGUGGUGUUCCAACCAUUCUUGAAGAGCUUCCUCGUCAGAAAUCAAAGAAAGUUAAACCAACAAGCAAAUUUAGCCACCCUCUCUUUAACUUUUUAUAUGGAAAGAAGAAGAAGUCGAAGACGACGACGACUAAACCGGAGUUUUCGAGGUAUCUUGAGUAUUUGAAAGAAGGUGGUAUGUGGGAUGCAAGAUCUAAUGCGCCUGUUAUUUAUUACAAGUAG